AUGACUGUCACCAGUAUCACGCGAAACGAGCUCUGGCGGCACCCGGACCCCACCUCGACUCCCAUGUGGGCAUUCCUCCUCCGUGUGAAUUCCAAGUAUGGCCUCGAACUGGCAGACUACCCUGGCCUGUACAAGUGGUCCAUUGAGAACGUGGCAGAGUUCUGGGAGGAAGUGUGGCAUUUUGUGGGCAUCACCGCCUCCAAGCCGUUCGACAAGGUCCUGCCGCUCAAUGCACCCAUGUACCCGCGUCCAGACUUCUUCGAGGGCGCCCGUCUCAACUUCGCCGAAAACCUGCUUUUCCCGGCCAACGUCGCCGUCGACCCCACAGCCGUCGCGACCAUCACCACUACCGAACUCGGCCCCUCCGUCUCCACAACAUGGGCCGAGCUCCGAGAUGCCGUCCGCCGCUGCUCUGCCGGUCUCCGUGCCCGCGGUGUCCGGCCCAAUGAUAUCGUGGCCGGCUUCGUCUCCAAUCAUGUGCAAGCCGUCGUUGCCGCUCUCGCCGCUGCUUCCGUUGGUGCCAUCUGGACCGGCAUCAGCCCCGACAACGGUGUCAGCGCCGUGCUCGACCGUCUGGCCCAGAUUGGGCCCAAGGUCCUCUUCGCCGACAAUGGUACCGUGUACAACGGCAAAGAGUGGAGCAGUACCGACAAGACCGAAGAUAUUGUCAGGGCUCUGAUGCAGAACGGCCUGGAGCUUGUUGUUGUCAUCAACAACGUCGGUUGUGAUCUUGGCAUCGACGGCUUGACGGCCACGAAUGUUGUCGCCGAGGAAUAUGAGUCCUUCCUGCAGAGCUCUCCUGAUGAGCCGCUCAAGUUCGAGCAGCUCCCCCCCUCGCAUCCACUCUACAUUCUCUACUCCAGCGGCACAACAGGCCUGCCCAAGGCAAUCGUGCACACGGCCUUGGGCACCCUCAUCCAGCACAAGAAGGAGCAUGCCCUGCACGGCUCCCUCACUUCGUCCUCGCGCAUGCUCUACUAUACGACCACCUCCUGGAUGAUGUGGCACUGGUCCGUAUCGGCCCUCGCCGUUGGCGCCACCAUUGUCCUCUACUCGGGCUCCCCUUUCAAGCCCCACGGUCACCUCUCUCUCCCGCGGCUCCUCUCCAGUCUCCGCAUAACCCACUUCGGCACCUCCGCCGCCUACCUCACCGCUCUCGAGGCAAACGCCGUCUACCCCGUCAACGAGCCCGGCAUCGAUCUUUCGCCCCUCGAGGCGAUCUAUUCUACCGCCAGUCCCCUUCCGCCCUCUACCUUCUCCUUCGUCUACAAGGCCUUCCCGUCCAAGGUGAACCUUGCUUCCAUCACUGGCGGUACCGAUAUCAUCUCCCUUUUCGGCGCCCCGUGCCCCCUCCUGCCCGUUCGCGUCGGCGAGAUCCAGUGCGCGGGCCUUGGCAUGGCCAUCCGCGCCGUCGACUCCCUCUCGGGCGAACCCCUCCCCGACCCAUCCCAUCCGGGUGACCUCAUCUGCACGGCCCCAUUCCCCUGCCAGCCCUUGACCUUCUUCGGCACCGGAGGCGACGCGAAAUACAAGGCGGCCUACUUUGAGCGCUUCGCUGACGUCUGCGGCGUCAAAGGCGCCGUCUGGCACCACGGCGACUUUGUGAAGAUCCCGAACCCAGCCACCGGGUCGCUCCUCAUGCUCGGCCGCUCCGAUGGCGUUCUCAAGCCCGCGGGCGUGCGUUUCGGCAGCGCCGAGAUCUACAACAUCCUCACGCGCUUCUUCGCGGCCGAGAUCGAGGACGCCGUCUGCGUCGGCCGGAGACGCGCCACCGACGCCGACGAGACUGUGUGCCUCUUCGUCGUGCCCGCCGCCGGACGCCACUUCGACGACGAGCUGCGGGCCAAGAUCAAGAGCGUCAUCCGGAGGGAGCUGAGCCCUAGACACGUCCCUGGUGUCGUCGAGGAGGCCCGCGGCGGCAUCCCGAAGACUGGCAACGGCAAAAAGAUCGAGGUAGCGGUUAAGCAGAUCCUCUCGGGCAUGGACGUCAAGACAAACGCGAGCGUCGCUAACCCCGAGGCCCUGGAGUGGUUUCGCGCGUGGGCCACGACGCACUAA